AUGGCCAAAGAUACAUAUUUGAAGAAAGUUCUAGGUGAAGAAAGGUUCAACCAUAUAAAAGCCUCUAAGGUUUUGAUGGUUGGUGCUGGAGGUAUUGGAUGUGAAUUAAUCAAGAAUUUAAUGUUAACUGGGUUUGGUGAAAUACAUAUCGUUGAUCUUGAUACUAUCACUUUAAGUAAUUUGAAUCGUCAGUUCUUAUUCAGACAAAAGGAUAUUAACAAAUCUAAGGCUAUGAUACUAGUUAAAGCUGUUGAAAAAUUCAAUUAUUUUGAUUGUAAGUUGAUUCCUCAUCAUGGAAAUAUCAUGAAUACUGAAUUGUUUCCUAUCUCAUGGUGGUCAAGUUUUGAUUAUAUCUAUAAUGCUUUGGAUAAUGUAGAAGCUAGAACUUAUGUUAACCUGAUAGCGUUAUUUUUGAAGAAACCAUUAAUGGAAAGUGGAACUACAGGUUUCCAAGGUCAAGUAUUACCUAUUUAUCCAUAUCAAUCAGAAUGUUUUGACUGUAUUCCUAAAGAUACUCCCACAACUUAUCCUGUUUGUACAAUUAGAUCAACUCCUUCUAAACCAGUUCAUUGUAUAACAUGGGCUAAAGAGUUUUUGUUCAUGCAGUUAUUCGAUGAAGUGCAAAUUCUACUGCCGGAAAAGUUAGCUGAACAACGUAAAAUCUUAGAGUCUGAAACUACUGAUAAAAAAGAAAUCGAUAAUUUGAUGAAUGAAACUAAUGAAUUGAAUGAUCUCAGAAAAUUAACUUCUUCGACUAUUGAGGAGUUUAUGGAUAAUUUGGUUAAUAAAAUUUUCGUCAAAGAUAUUGAAAAGUUGAUCAGAAUCGAUUCGUUAUGGAAAUACAGGAAACAACCAGUUCCUUUAGAUUAUGCGACUUACAACUCAGAAUUAUCAUCCAUGGUUAAAUCUACUUCAUCUGAUGUGUUACAUAAUGAAACCAAAGUAUGGUCAAUCUUGGAAAAUCUUUAUGUAUUGUAUCAAGCCAGCAAAUCUUUGAUUGAUAGAAUUCAACUGGGUGAAAAGUUUAUUUCUUUCGAUAAAGAUGACGACGACACUUUGAAUUUUGUUGUUUCAGCAUCCAAUUUAAGAAGUUCCAUUUUCGGUAUUGAUGUCAUGAGUAAAUUCGAUAUCAAACAAAUUGCCGGUAAUAUUAUUCCUGCCAUAGCCACAACCAAUGCCAUCAUAUCAGGAUUCUCUGAUUUACAAUCAUUGAAUUAUUUCAAAUCUUAUGAACUUUCCAACCAAGAUGCUAACACUGUAUUUGUAUCCAUGAAACCAAAUAGAUUCGUAGCUCGAGCAACUUUAGCUUCGCCUAAUCCUCAGUGUGCUAGUUGUUCUUUAUCAUCUCGUGGAAUCAUGAGUUUAUCGUCCUUGGAUGGUACCUUGCAAGAAUUGAUCGACAACAUCAAGGAGUUCUAUAAAUAUGAAGAUAUCUCAUUAAUCUUAGGUAAGAACAAAUUGAUCUAUGAUUUUGAUUUCGAAGAUAAUGUUGACAGAUCCUUGAACAGCUUAGGGUUCAAAUCAGGUGAAACCUUAUUAGUUCAAGAUGAUAAUGACGAAUUAGAGAACCUUGAACUUUACAUUAUCAUAGGUGAGGAAUUUAAAUUACCUGAAUUAACUUUACGAGCCAAAAAAGUGUUCAAAGAAGAAACCGACGCCGAAGAUGACGAACCAAUAGAAGAAGGUGUUGUUGAUGAUAUCAUAGAAGUCGAACCACCUAUUAAAAAGCAGAAAGUGUAA